AUGCCCGACCUCCGACGCGUAGGCGGUAAAGAGACGAAGUACAGCGCACCACCGGUACCUAGAUUGACACCGACACGACAUCGACACAACGACUAUCUUGACCUGACGAACCCUCCAACGUCGCACGAUUCCACCUCACGACCCUUCACGCCAAUCCCGCACGAGCGACAAAAUCGCACAGCAUAUAGAUAA